AUGGCCGAUGAUGCUACGCGUGUUAAUCGUAUUGUUUUAACACAGUCGUCUCGUUGGCUUGUAGGUCCCAAUUUUCUGUAUGACAGUGAGUCUAGUUGGCCAUCAUCUCCACCAGUAUCUAUGGCUGGUAGCUUGGACAAAAACGACGUAGAACUUAAACCGUCUACUCGUCAUCACUCAUGUGUUGUUAAUCUCAUUACGUCACAGCCAUCUCCCAUGCCUCUUGUAGUUAGCUCUGACAGACUAAGCUCCUGGUUGAGAUUGUUAAGAGCAACGGCAAGAGCUCAUAAAUUCAUUACCUUGCUGCGUCGGAAAGGCACUUCUGAAAUUACGGCUGAAGAUUUGUCUGUUGCUGAAACACAUUUACUGCGACAUAGCCAGUUAGAAACGUUUGCGGAAGAACUUGUACUCUUGAAAAAUGGUCAACCUCUACCACGGAAGAGCAAAUUGUUCACUCUUUCCCCGGUUAUCGAUGAUCAGCGAGUCAUCCGUUUAAAAGGCAGGAUUGAUCGUGCAAUAGACGUCGAAGAUCACGUGAAGCGCCCUAUUAUCUUGGAUGCUCGUCAUCGGACUGUGCGUCUACUUAUUGCCUAUUAUCACGAAAAGGCAGCUCAUGGCAAUACAGAGUUGGUAGUGAAUGAACUCAGACAGUUUUAUUGGAUCAUUCACCUUCGAAGCGCUGUUCGAUCUGUUGCUUACAAUUGCAGAGUCUGCAAGAUAAGACGUGCUACACCGUAUCAGCCUCCUAUGGGAGACUUACCCGCUGCCCGUGUAGCUCAUCACAAGAGACCCUUCAGUUUUACUGGUCUUGACUAUUUUGGACCUCUUCAAGUUGCUGUUGGCCGACGUCGUGAAAAGCGGUAUGUCGCUCUUUUUACAUGUUUGGUGACUAGAGCAGUUCACCUAGAAUUGGUACAUAGUUUGAGUACCGAUGCCGCUAUUAUGAGUUUACGCAGAUUUAUUGGUAGACGUGGGGUUCCUACAGAAAUCUGGUCGGACAAUGGGACGGCAUUCGUCGGUGCCAAUCAUUUAUUGAAGUCUUUGUAUGGAGCUGAAAUGGAACUGUUUGCUGCAAAUGAGUGUAUUUCUUGGAAAUUCAUUCCACCAUCUGCUCCUUUUAUGGGCGGUUCAUGGGAGAGAUUAGUGAGAUCAGUGAAAACCGCCAUGCAAGUCACUUUGAAAGAGCGUACACCCAGUGACGAGAUUUUGUUAACUCUUCUUAUAGAGGCAGAAGCGCUCAUAAAUUCCAGACCUCUCACUCACGUGCCUUCUGACCCUGAUCAGAGUGAAGCUUUGACUCCUUUCCAUUUUAUACUUGGAACUUCGUCAGGAAAACCAAUACCUGCACGUCUAGAAGACCGAGACCUCUGUAGUAGAGCAGGAUGGAAAAGGGCCCUACGCCUCGCAGAUCAUUUCUGGUCCAGGUGGGUUAAAGAAUAUCUGCCAACACUAUUGCCUAGACGAGGGCAGGGUAUUGCGCCAAGAGUGAAUGUGGGGGACCUGGUGCCAGUUGUAGAUGAUCAACAACCGCGUGGAACGUGGCUAAGAGGUAUAAUCACUGCAAUUUAUCGAGGACAAGAUAGCAUUGCUCGAAUAGCCGAAGUACGGACGCCUAUCGGCUUAUUUAGACGCCCAAUGAGGAAGUUGGUGCCCCUGCCUACGUAA